AUGAAACGCAGUACGGCAACAACCCAUGAAUUACAAGUGUUCAUGUGCAUUUUCUCACUAUUUGGAGGGAUUUGGUGGGGGUCUGUGCCUGCUUUCACCGGGGGCUGGACUCUUGGCAUGGCGCACUCCUGGACCAUCCCGGUCUGCCGAAUUCAUUGCAAAUCCAUGUCUUUCGGGAAUGUGCCGGACCAAACGGGACACCUUGACCUCCUCCUACCUUACGCCGCAUUGUGUGCAUCGGGGAUAGGAGUGAGGGCCGUUUCUGCCGCUUCACCAGCCGUCACAGAGCAAGCUCUGUCGACACCUAAUCAUUCUACCGCUUCUAUCGAGGUCGCUGGAGGUUCGAUUGAUGGUGCACCUUCGGGUUCUGCAGCUACUGAGGACGCUGGAAGCAGCCUGACGUUCGAGGCCAUUUCUUACGAUGAUAACUGCACCGCACCGCUUGUUAUUGCCGGCGAGAUUGUGCGUUGUGAUGAAGGGAAGAAGGGCCCCCCAUACAAGGUGCUUUCUAGGCGGGACUCGCACCAGGGGCCUCUCUUGAAUCAGACCUUUCCUGUAGAAGUGCCACCGGAAUGGUUUCAUCGACGCAGGAUGCCAGAUUGGCAGAAAUCUGCUGAGGAUGGCACAUCGGCUGGCGCUUCCUCACAAGUCCAUUUAGAGGAAAGGGGAGGCGCUAGCUCUGAUGUCAGCCCCACGACUCGGGAAAAGGCAGGCGGUCUGACAGAUCCCCGUUUCAUCCGCAUCUUCGGCAACUGGGCAGCGUAUUCCAGAACGCUGAACUUGUGGCUAGAAAGAGCAACCACGUCAGCGCUUCUGCGUAGGCUGGGAGGUUUGGCGGCAGACCAAGCGUCUGCAGAAGAACUCAGGCCUGGGGGCCCCGUGCACGCCACAGGGGCCCACAGUGCGCCAUCGUCUGCACUUCCUGCUGCUGCAUUUGCUUCUUCAACACACAAGCACCCUUCUUCCUACUGGCAGAAGUCUCUGUUUGCAUCGCUCAUGGAGGGCUCCUGCAUAGCUCUAAUCAAGCUGCCAGCAGACGGCCAAGGCACGCCCUCUCCUUCCCCGCUGAACUCUCCUGUCACGGCCAUCCCUGAAUCUUGCGAGGAUGCUCAGCGCAUGCUAUUGGAGAGAGCCUCUGACGACGGUGCCUUUCAAGAUGUGUUUUGGCUGGUCUGCGGCUCUGAACUGCCCCUAAGCCGUCUGAAUCGCUAUAUCACUUUCUCCAUUUCUCAGGAAAAACUCGCCAGAGUGCUUGAUGCCUUGGACUACAGCGUGGAUAUCUGGGAAGAACCGCAUAAAGCGGUGCCACAUCUCCUAGAUGGCGCUAAGGGGGCCCCCCCCAGCUCAGAGGGGGGGCAGGAAUCAGGCGGGAAGGAGGCAGCUCAGCAGGAUGUUGCGAAUGGAGAGGAGCCAAGUGGCAGGAAUUCAGCCUCCCCCGAGGCACUGCCCAGUAUCUUGGCCCCCCAUGAGGUGGAAGCGCGGCGACUUGCUGCAGAAGGUAGUGAGCGUUUGUGGCGUGUGGGUGUCUGCUUCAUGAGUGGACUCCAGCAGAACGCGAAGAUGCAGUUUAGGGGGAACCCGACGGAUGGUACUGUCCGUCCUGCGGACGCUGUAGGAAGUGCAGCUGCAGACAAGGUGCAGGUGGAGUCUCCAGAGAGCAAGUCUAACCCUGAUUUAGGGAUACAGGUUGCAAGUGGAAGGGAAGCGUCUCUCGCGAAGAAAGCAGCUGCGAGUCAGAACGAAACCGCAAAACUAGAGGAGAAACAAAGGCCAACAGCAGAGGAAGCGAGGACCUUACAGGAAGGGGCAGUGCUCGUGGGAGAACUGAAGUUUCAUGUUUCCCCUGCCGUUACACCGCGCCCAAACGAAGGCUCGAUGGACGAACCGGAGGAUAUUCAAAUUCGUCAUUUCAUCGAUGCAGGAUGGAUAUACACCCGUGAUAUCCAAGGAGCGAACCUCAGCCGCUUCAACCGCCUGGCCAUCAAGGAAUCCCCCAAUGGAACGGCGCAGCCGUGCGUGGGGUUCUGGGAAGAGCACAGUGUGCUGAGCGUCGCUCCCCAUUCGUAUGCAUGGGACGAAAAGACGAACACGGACACCUUGCGAUUCGUAUUCAGUAACUCUUUGAGGGAUGCCAUUGAGAAUGACGACCCUUUGCUAGGUCCUUUGCCUGGACGCCACGCAACUUCUCGGAUGUACAUAUGUUUCUACCCAAAUGACGAACAGCCAUUUGGGGUUUUCUUGGGAGAAGUGCGGUUUGUUAUUGACUCGGCGGAUGCAACUUUGCUCGUUUGUUUCAUCCUCUUCGUAUUCCUGGCGCUCCCAGUUUCCUGUGCUAUAGCCCUUUCCUUUCACAUAUAUAAACAUCGCCAUCUCCGACAGCGGCUCCAGAGGCUGGUACUUGUUCAACAGAGAGAUGCGGUAGAACAACUGCUGAUGCGAGAACUAGGGCUUAACACGGAGGAUCUGGAGGAUCCAAACGAUGACGACGAUGAUGAAGACGUCCAUGGUUGA